GUAUUUUUCCCACAGAAGCUGAGAAUGUAUUUGGAAUAGGAACUUGACUUCAAAAGCGAACCGGGAAAUGGAGCUGAAAGAAAUGGAUGGAUCCGAAGCAGUGAGCAUAAAAAAUGCUUACAAAAAAUUUGGCCGACAUGUUGUUCUCAAAAAUCUCGACAUGACUGUAAUGGAAGGUACAAUUUAUGGACUGUUGGGGCCGAGUGGUUGUGGAAAAACCACCCUUUUACGUUGCAUGGUAGGUCGCUGCCAAUUGGACUCUGGAAACAUCUACAUGAAAGCCAAAUGGAGGAGGAAAAUUGGGUUUAUGCCUCAGGAAUUAGCUCUGUACCAAGACAUGACCAUAGCGGAAGCUUUCAACUAUUUUGGACGACUAUUUGGUAUGGGAUGGAGGGAAAUCGAAAAUAGAGGACUAGAAAUGCUCAAGCUACUGGAUCUUCCGCCUGGUGGAAGAUUAGUUGGUAGUCUGAGUGGAGGCCAGCAGAGAAGGGUUUCAUUUGCGGUGGCAUUAUUGCACAAUCCAGAACUGUUGCUAUUGGAUGAGCCAACUGUUGGUGUUGAUCCUAUUUUAGCCAGCAGUAUAUGGGACAGCCUUAUAAAAAUGGCGCAUGUACAUCAUAAGACAAUAAUCAUAACUACGCAUUAUAUCGAGGAGGCGAGGCAAGCCAAUACGAUAGGUCUGAUGAGGAGAGGAGUUCUGUUGGCUGAGGAACCACCGGCUCACCUCAUGCACAGAAUGAACUGCUCAUCGCUGGAGCAGGCAUUCCUGCAGCUCUGUCAGCAGCAAGCAACCGAUGUUAAUGCCGAAGAUGGCAGCUCUCUGAAAUCGUAUCCAAGCAGCAGCCAACGUUCACCUGUUCCAAUAAAGACGCGGAGCGGUUGGAGCGGUCAGCGGUUCCUAGCGCAACUAGUCAAAAAUCUCAUAUGGAACUUGAGGAACUAUCAAAUGCUCACAUUUAUCUUAAUGCUGCCGAUCGCCAUGGCUUUCCUGGUGAACGAGACGAUUGGAAAUGAGAGGUUCCACUCGGCCAUUGGAAUCGCGUCGCUGGAACUGAAAAACGGUUUUGCCGACUGCAACACGAUGGACCUGCAUUUCAACUGCUCAUUCACAAAUCGACCUCUGUCAUGUCUCUACAUGGAUCUGCUCAGAGAUAAGUCCUUUGUGAUGAAAGAAUUUUCAAAUAUUGAAGAAGCAAGACAAGCGGCUACCAAAGGGAAAAUAAUAGCCUACUUGUCUUUUGCGGAGAAUUACACUGAAUCAGUGUUUCAGAGGAUAGAGGAUGGCUCAGGAACAACUGAAGAUGUUGUGGAUAGCAGCACAAUGUACGCAUGGGUUGACAUGUCAAAUCUAUGGCUUAGUACAAUACUGAGGCGAGACUUGAUCUACAGCAUUUUACAACUGCUUCAAGAUUUGUUUGCCAACUGCCAAGCACCUGUGAAGCUUGCUACAAUUCCAGUAAAGUUUGAGACUCCAGUUUUCGGAGCUAAGGACCCAUCUUUUCUUCACUUCUCAAUACCUGGACUGAUGACCACAUUCUGCUUCUACUUGCCUGUGAUGUUCACGACUGGAGCUCUUAUAUCUGAGAAAUCCAUUGGAAGACUGGAAAGAAGUCUUAUUGCUGGGCUGAACUUGGUGGAGGUGGUAGCGGCUCAUGCUGUUAUCCAGUUCAUGAUCUUGGGCAUUCAAACAGCUCUCAUGAUGAUUGUCACCUAUGUCGUCUACCUCAAUCCUCUGAGUGGAAGUGUCACACUUCUCAUCAUUCUCCUACUUAUGGUUGAAAAUCUUGGCAUGUGCUAUGCUUUCUUCUUGUCAGUCCUUUGUGAUUCGGAGAGUAUAGCUUCUUUCGCAUCUACAGGAACAAUCGUUGUUCUUUUCACAGUUUGUGGAAUAGUGUGGCCAGUACAAGGGAUGCACCCAGUUCUGCAGUACUUUGCGUGGGCUCUGCCCGUGCAACCGGCUGUGGAGAGUUAUCGCGCCAUCUCGGUGCAAUCUCGAUUCAUCGACCACCCUCUCGUCUACAAGGGCUACCUCUCCGUCUUCAUCUGGACCACAAUCAUUGUCAUAUCGUCAUUCAUCAUCGCACACAUCAAAAAAGUUGGAGAGUAGGAGUAUACAUUCUAGAUCU